UCCAGCUCCUACUUAAAUUAUCUGUCUACAAACUCCCCUUUCCCGGUCUCUGGAUCAUCUCCAAUAAAAACUCUCAGUGUGCUCCAGCGCCGCCAGGAUGAAAGCCUACAAAAGCACAGACAGCUUGAUGUAUUUCCGAUGUGGCUUGGGAAGUGGAGGGCAAGAAGUUCAUCAUCAUUAAAGCACAGUUUAAUGGAUAAUUGGAUGAGUGCAUGCAGACAGACUGCGUCAUCAAACACCUCAGAUGACAGUCAGACUGAAGAGCUUCUCCGCUGAUAGAGAACAGCCUAAGUAUGGUCGCCUGCACUUGCAUCGACUUCACAUUGAACGCUCCAGUCGAACAGUUACCAAGUGGCCAUUCAGCAGUUGACAUCAUCUCCUGUCGUCUGUUGCACCAGCCAUGUAUAAGUUAUGUCAUCCUGGCCGUGCUGCAGCUCCACCCACCUGCAGAUAAAAGCCAAACCCUCACCAAGGCUGCUGUUCAGCGUCUGUCCCAAACUCCUCAAAGCUGUGUGAUACUUCCAACCUGCAGCAGCAGCACGCACACAUAAAGGGCCCAGCAGGACUGCAGCUUACACCUGGCUGGAUUCUGUGCAUGGCCACCGUCCCACUCAUGCCUUGGAAAAGACCCAGACGAGCUGCGUAAGAAACGGGGCUGAGGAGGCGCAGGCCGCAGAGAGCAACGACCUUCAAGUUUGAAAGGAGAAAGGACCUGAAUAUAAAAAUGGCAGCUGUUCCCCUCCAUUCUCUCUGUCUGCUCGUCACUGUAUACCACCUGUGUUUGUUACACCUGGUCCAUGGUGGAGCGUAUUAUCCACACAAACAGCCGCCUCCACAGCACCCGCCUCUGCCACAGUACAACGAUGGUUAUCUCCCUCAGCAGCAGUUCAUGGGGAACGAGAUGCCGCUUCCUCAGCUUCCUCUACACAUGGGAAAAGAGAGGCUGCCAACUGAGGGCAAAGGACAAACAUUCAACCCCAGAGGGGCUAAAGGUCCUCCUACAGGUCCAGUUGGUGAAGGAAUCAGAGAAGGACCACAAGGAAUUCAGGGCCCACCAGGACCAGUAGGACCACCAGGGCCACAAGGCCCUCCUGGGCUACCAGGCCAGGGAUUACCAGGGCUGCCUGGAAAGCCAGGGCCUCCUGGUCCUCAAGGCUACAAUGGAAUUGGAAAACCUGGCAUGCCAGGUCUGCCUGGAAAACCAGGGUUACCAGGAACACUAGGACUAAAAGGUGACCUUGGUCCUACUGGUGGUGAGGGACCAACAGGGCUUCCCGGGCCUGCGGGUCUUCCAGGUCCCCCUGGACUCCCUGGCAUCUCAAAACCAGGAGGUCAGGGGCUACCAGGACAGCCAGGUCAUCUGGGGGAGCCAGGCCAAAAAGGUCUACCUGGGGCACCUGGUCCUCCAGGCCCAAAGGGAGACAAAGGACUUGGUCAACCUGGUUUGCCAGGUUUGAAAGGACCUGGUGGACCACCUGGCCCACCUGGAAAUGUGGGCAUGCCUGGGAUUGAUAAACCUGGCAUGAAUGGUCUCCCAGGUCAGCCUGGGAUACCAGGAAAACCUGGUCCAUCUGGGGAGCCUGGGAUGGUAGGACCACCUGGUGAAAGAGGACUACCAGGACCACCAGGAUUACCUGGAAUUGGGAAAGCAGGAAAAGAUGGUUUAAGAGGACAACCAGGACCUUCUGGAGGAAAAGGAGAAACAGGCCCUCCUGGAUUACCAGGAGGUCCAGGCUUGCCAGGAUAUGGGAAACCAGGGUUUCCAGGACCUAAGGGUCACAAGGGUCAUGCUGGUCUCCCUGGACCUCCAGGACUAAAGGGGGAUAAGGGUUACGGAGGUCUUCCAGGAGUCAUUGGCUUGACUGGUCCCAAUGGUAUGCCUGGUCCACCAGGUCUAAUAGGACCUCCAGGCAGUAUUGGAUUUCCUGGGCCCAAGGGAGAAGACGGAACAGCUGGCUCUCAAGGUUAUCCAGGAAAGAAGGGGGACUCAGGACCUCCAGGUAUCCCAGGUCAACCAGGUCGUCCAGGAGAAGGAGGACAACCAGGACCAAGAGGCUUUCAAGGGCCUAGUGGCCCCAAAGGAGAACCUGGUGUAAGGGGUCUACCUGGAGUACCUGGAGGUGUAGGUUUACCUGGACCAAGAGGAGAGGGGGGACAACCUGGAGAGAAAGGGCACCAAGGGCCACAGGGUAUUCCAGGUCUUACAGGACCUGGUGGACCAAUUGGACCUCCUGGGUUGCCAGGACAAAAAGGUGAAACAGGCUUACCAGGAAAUUCUGGAUAUCCUGGUGAGGGAAAGCCAGGACUUCCUGGUCAUAUUGGUCCUCAAGGUAACCCAGGUCCUAGUGGCCCUGCUGGACUUCCAGGGCCACCAGGACUACCUGGACCACCUGGCCCUCCAGGACUACCAGCAUCAUCUCCUGACUUGGGGCAGAUCUUACCUGUGUCGGGCCCGUACAGCGGACAGAAACAAGGCUAUAGGAAGAACGGGGGUGAGAUCGGAGGAAACGCCCUGGAGAUGCCUUCGUUCACAGCUAAGCUCACAACCCCGUUCCCUCCUGUCGGCUCCCCCGUCAUCUUUGACAAACUCCUCCACAAUGGAAACCAGGACUACAACCCCCAGACUGGUAUCUUCACCUGCAGCAUACCAGGGAUCUACUACUUUGCCUACCACGUCCACUGCAAAGGAGGAAACGUGUGGGUGGCACUGAUGAAGAACAAUGAGCCUGUGAUGUACACGUACGACGAGUACAAGAAGGGUCUACUGGAUCAGGCUUCAGGGAGUGCCGUACUCCCUUUGCGACAAGGAGACUCUGUUCAUAUACAGCUGCCAUCUGACCAGGCUUCAGGACUCUACGCUGGUCAAUACGUCCACUCCACAUUCUCCGGAUACUUACUGUACCCCAUGUAAGGAGUGUCAGCAACCAAGCAGCCACAGAGCCGAAGCUGAAGUGCAAAAAAACUGCACUUGAGGUUGGCUCAGUGCCAACAAUCCCAAUUGGGUCCCAAGUAAAAUAUAAAUUUACAGCAAAGAUAAACAUGUUUACAGGCUGGUACCAAAAGAAACAGGUAUCAGUAGCUCAUUUGUACAUGGGAGGAAUUUCUCUACAACUCGUCCUUUUUGUAUUUCAUUGGAGGUUUUCAUAAAUAGUCAUAGUAAGAGGCGUGGCCAGGUUGAUUUGCAGGUUAAACAUGAUCAGCACCCAUGACGUCUUUGUCUGUUACUAGAGUUGGCAUUUUCAAUAUGGCAAGCACCAUCAUACUACUUCAACCUCACCUCAAAAAACCAAUGGGUUAUGUCAAUAACUCUACGUCCAUGUUUUAUACAAUGUUUGAUAUCAAUUAAAGGCAACUAAAUUGACUUUUUGCUGGCAUAUAUUCCUAUUUACAGUUUUACAAGGAAUGUUUUACAAGAAAUGAAGGCAAAGUUUCAACAUAUCUCAGAUUAUUUACAUUUCUUUCACAACUACAUUUACAGACAUCAGUUUAGUCUUGGGAGUUUGUUAUAGCUUUUAACAUUAAGUUGAUGGUUUAUGGUCACUGGCUCUGAUAAGGUUUCAGCUUAAUAUUUCCGUCAUAGAUCUUGUAUGUUUACAUUGUACAUUUAUUCUUAUAUCCAUCCACACGCAGUAUAUCAGUGUUAAUAACAUGACUGGAACAGUUUUAGAUCAACAAGUCUUGCAGAUUGUAUUCUCUUUUGCUUUACAGUUUACUGUACUGUAUUCUUGGCACAUAUGAACAUGUAAGCAUACAUGACAUUUACUCAGAGCUUUCUCAGCGGGGUUCAUAUACCUAUUAAGUAAGUCUUUCAGCUACAAGAUAUUCUCCAUAACUUACCAUUUCAUCUUACAAUACCAUAAUUCAUCAUUUUCCAUCAUUUCUCACCCCACAACAAUAAAAUACAUGGCAAUUUAUCCACAAUUCGGCAGUUGAUUUUUUGAUUUUUUUUUCUUUUUGACUAUUUGAUGUCAAAAUGUUGUAUUUAAAAAAAUUCUUUGAACAUUUUGUAAAUGUGUCAGUAUUCUCUGUAACUUAUUUUUAUGACUACUGAUCACUUCAGCUUGUCUUGAUUUCUGUUUUGAUAGUAAUUUGUGAUUUUUUUCUGUUGCAACAAAAAUAAAGUAUUCCAAUUCAUGCCCUUCCCAUUCAUACAUAAAUGUGUCUGUUAUCUUUAUAACAUUAUUCCUGAAUCUGUUGAUGUGCAAUUAUUUUCUUUUUUCUUUACUUUGACAAUGGUGCACAGCAUUUAAUUGGAAUGUGUGAAUUUUUUUGUAAAUUUAAU